AUGUCAGAUAAAAAUGACCCAGAGGCAUCUCAAGACCUUGAGAAGCAGGAGCCUGGAUACGUCCCGGAGCUCAUGUCACCCAUUUAUUUACCCUCAGGGUUAGAUGGCUCCUUCUGUGCCGAUAAAACAGGAUUCUGUGGAUCAAAAGACGCCUGCUGUAGUAUGGGUGGGGCCUGUUGUCCUAGUGGCGGCUGCUGCAACGAGCCUGGUACUGGGUGCUUUCCUGACAAGGAUGGGCGAACCCUCUGUUGUAAAGUUACCGAGAAGCUGUGUGGGAACAAGACUUGUAUACCGAAGAAUACAACUUGCUGCAGAAACGGGAGCUACUGUGAUGCUGGGAGUACUUGUGUUAAGGGCGGAUGUUGCAAGGCCGGUGUUGACUUGAUGCUUGACAACGCGAAUGAGUCCGAAAACGAGCUUGCCUUGUCGAUGUCGACAGAACGAACCGUUGUGGCUGGCUUCUCCGUCCACCAGGAUGUCGAAUCCGCAGAGCUCGGUACAAUAAACGCACCCAUGACCACCGGUGGCUAUCGGGAAAGGUUUGGCGGUUUGCCGCCCCGUCCCCCUUCCCCACAUUUGAAGAACCAGGCCUUCUUGUUGGGCUAA